CACUCGCUCGCGACUAGUCGUAGUGAGAAGAUCGUUACUAGCUGAUAAUUUCUAGGGUUUUCGUCAAAUAUAAUUGUUUUUAUUUCACAACAGGUUGAAUUUGUCUAAGAUUUUUUUGAAACAUCCAACAAAUCGUGAGAAGGAAAUGGAAGUUGUUUUUACCAUAAAUGGAAAGGCCUACCAAGUCGAUCCAAAAACCGUACCCAUCGAUACUUCACUGAAUUCGUUCAUACGGAACCAUGCCCACCACAGUGGUACCAAGUUCAUGUGUUUGGAGGGAGGCUGCGGAGCUUGUAUUGUCAACGUUAAUGGGAUUCAUCCCGCAACUAAGCAGAAAUCAUCGUGGGCGGUUAAUUCGUGUCUUUUCCCCGUUUUCUCAUGUCACGGAUUGGACGUGAUUACGGUUGAAGGGAUUGGAGACAAACAGGAUGGCUAUCAUCAGACGCAGAAAGUUUUGGCUCAUUUCAACGGGACCCAGUGCGGUUACUGUUCGCCGGGAAUGGUCAUGAAUAUGUACAGUUUGCUGGAGUCCAAGCAGGGUAACGUUACCAUGGCUGAGGUGGAAAAUGCCUUCGGGGGUAACAUUUGCCGUUGCACUGGCUAUCGACCAAUUCUGGAUGCGUUCAAAUCAUUGGCAAUCGAUGCGGAACCCCGACUGAAGGAAGCAUGCCAAGAUAUUGAAGAUUUAACCAAAAUCUGCCCGAAAACGGGAACGGCGUGUGCUGGAAAAUGUUCCGCCAUCGCAAAGAAUGACAGUAAACGAGAGAUACAUUUGAGCUUCGUUGAGAAUAAAGAGUGGCACAAAGUGUACAACGUGAGCGAUAUAUUUAGGAUUUUCGAAAAAAUUGGCGCUAAACCGUACAUGCUAGUCGCUGGCAACACUGCUCAUGGUGUCUACCGAAGAUGCGAAAAUCUUCAAGUCUUUAUAGAUGUCAACUCCGUUGAAGAGUUACGAACGCACUCAUUUGGUAGUAAACUAGUAAUUGGAGCCAACGUUUCUCUGACAGAAUUGAUGACUAUUCUGUCCGAGGCUGCAUCCACGAAUCCAAAUUUCAACUAUUGUUCGGAGCUGGUAAAGCACAUUGACCUGAUUGCUAAUGUUCCGGUUCGCAACACUGGAACUAUCGCUGGAAACCUUAGCAUUAAACAACAGCACAAAGAGUUUCCGUCAGAUUUAUAUCUGAUUCUGGAAGCUACCGGAGCUAAGCUUACGAUUGCGGAAUCUGGUAGUAGAACAAGCUUAGUUACUCCUGAGCAGUUCAUCAACAUGGAUAUGAAGAAGAAACUCAUUUUGAAUGUAAUUUUGCCUGCGUUAGAUCCAAAAGUGUACUUGUUCCGUUCGUUUAAGAUCAUGCCGAGAGCUCAAAACGCUCACGCAUACGUUAACGGAGCCUUUUUGAUGAAGUUUGGUCCAAGCAAGAAAACAAUGGAAUCCGCUACUGUUUGCUUUGGCGGGAUCAAUCCUAAGUUCACGCAUGCAUUCCAAACGGAGAAAUUCAUCGCUGGAAAAAACCUGUUCGAAAAUAAAGUCCUCCAAGCCUCUCUUCGAACACUUUCCAAUGAACUCAAUCCUGAUUGGGUGAUCCCGGAUGCUUCCCCAGAAUAUCGUAAAAACCUGGCUAUUUCACUGUUCUACAAAUUCGUUCUGAACAUUGCACCCGUAAAUGGCACGAUGAUCGAGUCGCAGUGGAAGUCCGGAGGUACUGUCCUCGAGCGUCCACUGUCAACCGCAUCGCAAAGAUUUGACACACACAAAGAAAAUUGGCCGCUUACGAAGAACGUCCCAAAAAUCGAAGGGCUUGCGCAGACUUCCGGGGAAGCCAAGUUCGCAAACGAUAUGCCAACCCUUCCAAACGAACUGUAUGCGGCAUUUGUCCUCGGUACGAAACCUCAUGCAACCAUUAAACAGCUGGACGCUUCUGAAGCGUUGAACAUACCCGGUGUGGUAGCCUUCUUCUCCGCAAAAGAUAUCCCCGGAGCAAAUAACUUCAUGUACUUCCCGGACUUCAUGGGUUCAGAGGUGGAACAGAUCUUCGCCGGCGAAAAAGUCGAAUACCAUGGACAACCGAUCGGGUUGAUCGUGGCGAACACAUUUGCUCUUGCAAACCGUGCCGUAAAAUCUGUGAAGGUAACUUAUGAAAAGACGGAUCCUGUUGUGAUUUUACCAACGGCUCAAGCAGUUCUGAAAUCUAACGCUCAACAUCGUAUCAAGGAGAUGCCCUACAGUACCCACGGGGAAAACUACGAUUCAGCUCCUAAAGGCGAAAUAAAAAUCAAAGGUCAUUUCGAGAUUGGAGGACAAUACCACUACUACAUGGAGACCCAAACCUGUGUCUGCAUACCUAUUGAGGAUGGUAUGGAUGUGUAUUCGUCGACUCAAUGGGUAGAUCUAACACAGAUGGCCAUCGCAAGAAUGCUGAAGGUUCCACAGAACAGCUUGAACCUCUACGUUCGUAGACUCGGCGGAGGAUAUGGUGGAAAGGGAACUCGCGCCACUCUGAUUGCAUGCGCUUGUGCUCUUGCCGCUCAUCUUACCAGAAGACCAGUUCGAUUCGUAAUGACUCUGGAAGCUAACAUGGAUGCUAUCGGUAAACGCUAUCCGGUCAUAGCCGACUACGUAGUCGACGUUAACAAGGAUGGAAAAAUAGUAAAAUUGUUCAACGAGUAUGUUCACGAUUUCGGAUCUAACUGGAAUGAAGCUAUGGGUCACGCAGGACAAUUUUUCGCCAACUGCUACGAUAAGAGUGUAUUCAAAACGGUAGCCAAGGGAGCGAAGACGGAUUGUGCCAGCAACACGUGGUGUCGAGCUCCGGGAACAACCGAAGGUGUCGCUAUGAUUGAAAAUAUUAUGGAACACAUAGCGUUUGUCACUGGAUUAGAUCCUUUGAAGGUUCGCAUGGCGAACAUGCCGGAAGACAUGAAAAUGUUGGAACUAAUGCCACAGUUCCGCAUGGACGUAGAGUUUGAUGCUAGAAAGAAAGUGAUUGACCAAUUCAAUGGGGAGAAUCGAUGGCGUAAGCGAGGAAUCGCUAUCGUCCCGAUGAGAUACCCACAGGGUUAUUUCGGAUCACUGCAUGCUAUUGUUAGUAUUUAUCACGAUGAUGGGUCAGUUUCAAUUGCACAUGGUGGAAUCGAAAUGGGUCAAGGUAUGAAUACUAAGGUCGCCCAAGUAGCCGCCCAUGUAUUGAGAAUCCCGCUAAACAAGAUAAUCAUCAAACCAACCAACAACUUGACCGCUCCGAAUGCCAUUUGCACUGGUGGUAGCAUGACCAGUGAAGCAGUUUGUUUUGCCGUCAAGCGAGCUUGCGAAGUACUUUUGGAACGUAUAAAUCCCAUUCGGGAAGCUAACAAAGACGACUCGUGGGAGGUUCUCAUCGACAAAUGCCACAUGCAAAGUGUCGACCUAUGUGCAACCUACAUGUACAAAGGGUCGGACCUUGUCCCGUAUGUAAUCUGGGGCCUCAGCUGUUCCGAAGUCGAGGUAGAUGUUUUAACCGGUAAUGUACAGUUACUGCGUGUGGAUAUCUUGGAAGACGUUGGUGAAAGUUUAAGUCCCGGCAUCGAUGUCGGCCAAAUUGAGGGAUCGUUUGUCAUGGGAAUCGGAUACUAUUUAACGGAAGCUCUCGUAUACGACCCCAAGAAUGGAGCACUGCUGACGAACCGAACCUGGACCUACAAACCACCGGGUGCGAAGGAUAUUCCUGUUGAUUUCCGCAUCCGAUUCCUACGGAACAGCUCCAACGAGGCUGGCGUUCUACGAUCCAAAGCUACCGGUGAACCGGCCAUGAAUAUGACUAUUUCGAUCAUAUUUGCACUGAGACAAGCGUUACUGUCCGCCCGUAAAGAUGCUGGUUUGCCGAGUGAGUGGAUAGAACUGGGAGCACCUUCAACGCCAGAUCAAAUCUACCUGUUGGCAGGUAAUUCGCUGGAGCAGUUUAGACUGCAAUAAUUAGGUCAACGUGUACUUUGAUAAUUAUAUUACAGACAGCAUUAUGGGUGAUAUUUAUGGGAAAAUAUAAAAACAAAUUAAGUUAUAGGAAUAACCCACAACAUAUUAUAACUCUAGAAUAGAAAUGUUACUGAAAAUAUAUAAUCAAAAUAAAUAUGUAUUUGUUCUGCUGCGAUAUAACCAGUACACAGUAUUUCCAGUCUACUCAUUGAAUAUGGUUAAUGAUAUCUACAUAAAGAGAGUAAAGUAGACUUCGCCUAAUUCAAUAUAUAUUCAUGAGAACGGCUAAAUAAUUUAAAAAUUAAUUUUCAUUAGGUUUCUAACUUUGAGUAUUGAUUAGAUGGUGCACUUUGAAAAUAGAUGAUAAAUGUAACUAUGAACUCUUUUUAAUGCAAUACAUUACUAAUACAAAUAUAUUGUAAUAACCACACCAAAUGCACGCGUAUUCCUACUUGUUUGUUUAUCCUUACGAGUGUGCGCAAUAGACUAUAUGAAAAUUAUCUCAGUCGAUUUAUAGUUCCACAAAGAUAUUUGCCUUAAAUUUUAAACAAAUCGCACAAGCCUCGCUACCGAAACAACGACUUGAAAUUUGUAUGGAAUAAUUCGACUUGGAAAAAUGAUUUCGUAAAAAUAACCGUUUACAAAAAUCGCGACCAUGUUCCCGGACCCAUGAAUAAUUAAUCUCGUGUUCAUAAAACUGUUUGUGUUUCCACAAAACUAGUUUACGCAAAAAAACUCGUAUUUUUCGUAGGGUUUCCGUGGUUGUGUCCUGAUUGUAUUCAUUUUGUUUAUGAUUAUGAACUAUUUGGAAAUAGACAAAUUAAUUAUAUCGA